UGUGCAAACAUUUGAGAAACAUUAAUAAACAAAUGUAGAAAGCAAGCAAUUGUGACACACGAAAUACAUGCAAAGAGUUAUAGCCAUUUUACACUCUACUCAGCUGUAAUCGCCACAACAAUUAUUGCCCAAUUUAGUUUUGGUUUUUCACCACAGUUGGUAACUCUGUCACACGCCGGCCAUGUUAUGAUAUCAAAAAGGUGGCGACGACACGUGUUGUGCUGUGGAAAUUCGUGAAAAUUGUUGAACAAAACAAACUAAAACAAAAGUUAAACAAAUCAAAUUAAACAAACUUACCUUGUAAAAAACAAGACAAAGCAAUAAGAAUUAAUAUCAAAAAUUAAAAGCAAUUCAAAUCAAUAUCAAUUCAACGCAGUGGGUUACAAGAGAUUCUUCAAUAUUCAGCGAAAAUGGUAUCCGGUCGUCCUCUACUCUAUUUAUCACUACCCGGUGUAGCAUUUAUACUCGGAGUCUUUUGGUUCCGGCGUAGAAAUAAAAAUCGUUUAGAUAAACCGGAUGAUGACCCCACAUCAUCUAAAUCCAAGGAUGCAUCAGUUAUUGAGACAUCGGUCACAGUACGCAAAGUAAAUGGUGUGGCAAAUGGCAAAUUACCGCAAUCGUCGGCAGCAUCAAGUAAAUCGAUGAACAUUAAUGGCACCUUGGUCAAUGGCAAUGAUGAGAAGGAAAGUAGUCCUACUGCCAUGUUAUAUGGCAAAUCGGCUCCAAUUAAAAUUCAAAGCAAUGGACGCAGCUGCUCACCUGGCACAAAGCAACAACAGUUGCAUCAGCAACAACAGCAGCAAAUUAUUGAUACGGAAAUACUUAAGUCAAAAAUUCAAGAUGCCGAACAUAAGACCCUUUGCUCCAUUGAUGAAGAUUUUGAGAAUUUGUCAUCGCCACGGGAUUUACCCGAUUCGGUGACACGCGUUUCGUUCUAUAAUCGUAAAUCAAAUAUUAAUGGUAGCAUUAAAACUGUGGAGCCGGUGGUAAUCAAGGCAACACGUACACCCAAAAUAUCGCCAGAGAAUUCAUUCCUUGACGUGGGUGAAAAGCAGCAGCAACAGCCAAGCGAGCAAAACAAUAACUGCCCUGGCAAAGAAGUGGAGGAGGAGGUUAUACUUAAUCAGCAGCAGCAACAAGAGCAACAAACUGUGGUCACAGACGUCCAGCAGCAACAACAACAGCAGCAACCCAAACGUCAAGUGGAUGCAGCUAGUCCAUCGUUGAGCAUUUGCAGCAUUCAGUCCGGUGAUUCCGGCAAAGGCUCCAGCCUGCCACGUUCGGAGGCUACACGCAUCAAGACCAAAUAUGAAUUUCUAUUUCCGAUUAGUCUGAUUGGCCAGCUAUAUGGCCGCAAGCGAGCCUUUAUUAAUCAAAUCAAAACCAAAACUCUGGCCAGUGUGUCGCUUGGCAAGAAUCCAUAUUCGGGCAAGGUGCGGAUUUGCACUAUUGAGGGCACUGAAAGCGAGAUAGAUGCGGCUCUCUCAAUGAUACGCCAGCGUUUACCAUCGAAACGUUAUCCAAAUUUCACAAUGCAACGCAUUCACUUUGCCCUGCCGCAAACUAUAGUUCCUUUAUCGACAGAAAGCCUCUACAAUCUGCAACUCAAACUGAUCGAGGGUAUUAACAAUGAUGUUGUGGUCAGCGCUGUACUAUCCGGUUCACAUGUGUUUGUCCAACAUCCAUUGCACCCCUCGCAUCCAUCGCUGCCCAUGCUACAGAAGGGCCUUUAUGACAGCUACACCACCAUGGAUGCUCCACUUUUGCCCAGCAUUGAGAUCAGUGCCGUUUGCGUGAUGCCCAUCAAUGAGAUUUGGUAUCGUGUGCAAAUUGUUGACACCGAUCCCGAGGACAGUGAACGUUGCCUGGUGAAAUUUUUAGAUUUCGGUGGCUAUAUGAAUGUUAACUUUGGCUUGCUGCGCCAAAUACGCACGGACUUUAUGUCGGUACCUUUCCAGGCAACAGAAUGCAUAUUGUCCAAUAUUGAGCCAAUAGAUAAGACUUGGUCUGUCGAAGCGGCUGAAAUUCUCAAUAAACUUACCAAAGGCAUUGUCUUGCAAGCACAAGUAGCCGGCUACAAUAGCCAUAAUGUACCAGAAAUUUAUCUAUUCGCUUCUCUAGGUCCAAAUAAUGUAAUUUUUAUCAAUAAGGAACUUGUCGGUAGAAACCUCGCAAAAUGGGUCGAGAUGCGUGACUAAUCACAUCGAAAAACCAGCCUUCAUGAACAACAGCAACAAAACUAGUGAAAAACAAAAGAAAACAAUCAACCAAGAAGAAAUUUUAUUUUAAGCCUGAACAGCAGCAGCAUUAGCAGCAGCGGCAGCAGCAGUUGCAGCAACAAGCGGCGGCACCAAAAGGCGGCAGCAGCAGCAACAGUCACUACAAAACGUGCUUGACCGGAUGCAACAAAUUCGUAAAUGCAAAAUAAUGCGGCAAACUUAAAAAAGCAAAUGUAGAAUGAGGACUGAGCCUUCAAACCGAAGAGUAGAGUCUCUUCUCUCAUUAACCUAAUCAAAGUCACACACUCACACACACACACCCACAAUUAACAGUCACCUACUACAUACACACAAAUUCGCACACUACUCUCACACAUACACACAAACUCACCACCACAACAACAGUCACUUUUACCCUUAGAUAGAAAGAUUGUUUGUCAAUUCUUGAACGUUGAAAGAUGAGAUCUAAUGUACAUGAGAUUUGCAGAAAGAAAGGAUAGGCAACUGAUGGCAAACAAAGACACAAAUUUUCACCAAUAUACUAUUCGUCGUCAGCAAUUGCGAAUCGCUUGAGAAAACAAAAAGAUAUUACCAUACUCAGUUGAUAAGUAGAAAUACUUAGUGUAAAUAGUUUUUAUAACAAGUUAACGAAAAACAAAAUCAAUAUAAAUAGCAAAAAUAUCUAAAGCGUUCGUUCAUCAAAUACAUCAAAAAACAAAUAUAUAUAUAUAUAGAUAUAUAUAUAUUUAUAAAUGCAAAGUAUGAAUAGUAAGAAAAGGAUCCGCGCAAGGAAUUUAAGAGAGCAAGAUAUUUCAUAUAUUUUUAUGUACAUACUAUUUAGGAUCUUCCUUUACCUUUCUUCAUCCUUUUGCCGCUUUCAUUUGAGAUAUAUAUUGAUAAGAUCUUUUGCAUCGUCGUAUUUUUUUUUUGUGUUUGUCUAAUUUUAAAAAGUUUACUACUAAUUCAUUAUAAACUACUACUACUACUACUUCUACUCAAAAACCCAUGAAAAGUACAAGCAUAUAUAUUGAGAAUGUGUAUUAAUUAUAGUUGUAAUAAUAAUAAUAAUAUUAAUAAUAAUAUUAAUAAUAAUAUUAAUAAUAAUAAUGAUAAUAAAACCCUUAAAGAAAA